AUGAAUCAAACUUUCGGAGAGGGGUUUUGGGCGACUGUUGAACUGCUCGUGAGCGAUAUAAAAGACAGUGGAACUGUUAGUCCAUUUAAUGAUGAUAUUGAAGAGUGGUUGGACACGAUGGCUCAUAAAGUCAAGCAGCAGCGCGAACGGGCCAGAAGAAAACAGGAAAAUAAAUCGAAUUUUAGUGAUGAUACUAGUAGUCUUGAUUACGGAUCUUUGAUUGAAUGCAGCUUCAGCAGCCCACAAGUUAGGUCUCGCCUGGAGUUGUUGAUGGGAAGCAAUGUUGUUCGGUUGACUGAUCGUAAGUAUAUGCUCAGGCUGAUGGCUAAAUUACGGCAGGAUUUUGAAAGCAAACAACUCAAUCGCAUUGAAGAGAGAAAGAAUAAUGAACUGAUGCGAACAAAGAUGAUGAUUCUAAACCGUUUGAUAUCGGUGAAUGAAGCUCCGGCUGAAAUACGUCAAUAUCCACUAUUUCAAUUGUACCUCUACUGUGAUGCUAUUGUGGAGCAAAAACGGAUGAAGCAUUCGUAUAAAAAACGUAAAAUAGCGUCAUCCUUGUACCACAUUCUCUAUCCUGACGCAAAGACCGACAAAAAAACUAGCGAUGAUGAUAAAGAAGUCUACAUGAAGCGGGUUUACGUCGAUGGGGUUCCUGAAUUGGUACCAAUGACUGAAGAAGAAGUUGUAGCAGCAAAGCUCGAGCUGGAAACCAUUAAAGAUAUUGAAGAAGGGUACGCACUAACGCAAAAAGAAUACGAUCGGCUUCAUUACGAAACCGAUGCAAUAAAGGAGCUUCGAAAGACCCAGAAAGUCGAAGAAAUGUACGCGAAAGCCCACGAUAUUCUCGGUAUUCUCUACUCGUAUGUGGACGACGGUCGAUAUGACAUAGAAGAUCAAGUUAAUAAGGUAUCGGACUCGUCAGCAACGACAAACCAAUUAGACGACCUACCAGAUGAAGAUAAACAUCAAGAUUAA